AUGAUCAAAGGCUCUAUCCCGCAGGCAAUGGAAGACAAGUGGCUAUGCUACUCCGAUGCACCAGACGCUCGAGGGGCUAUAUACGUUCAUUUAUGCCGCAGCUGGACCAUGGCAGAAAUACUGGUGCUUCAGCUGCAAUCCGCUAAUGCAGUCGAUACGGAUCAGAGUUGGAUAAUUACGGAAAUUACAUGGGCGAGGAAGGAGGGAAAGCAAGACCUGGGCGAGGAGGCGGCUAAGGAAGACGCCGCUGAGAUUUGUAAUGGAGUCUUGAAGUGUGACUUGCCGGUUGAGGAUGAGAGUGAAUUGGAUGAGUAG